ACUGCUUGGCUCCCUUUAAAAAGAAAUAACAAAAUGGGAGAGAAUGAAACAAGUCUACCUAAUACAUCUUUGCAAGGUAAAAAGAUGGCCUAUCAGAAAGUCAGUGCAGACCAAAGAGCUCCAGGACACUCACAGUACUUAGACAAUGAUGACCUUCAAGCCACUGCCCUUGACUUAGAGUGGGACAUGGAGAAGGAACUGGAAGAGCCUGGUUUUGACCAAUUCCAGGUAGAUAGUGCUGAGAAUCAGAACCUGGGGCAUUCAGAGACUGCAGACCUACAUCUUGAUUCCAUUCAACCAGCAACUUCACCCAAAGGGAGAUUUCAGCGACUUCAAGAAGAGCCUGAUUUUGUUACACACUAUUCCAGAUCUGUACCAAAGAGCAACCGCUGCAGCUUCUGCUACCUUUUAAAACUACUUUGCACAGCCAUCAUUUUAUUUAUUUUUGGAAUUUUGAUAGGAUAUUAUACACAUAAAAACUGCCCUUCAGCUGCUACAUCGUCAGCAACAGUCGACCCUCAGUUUUACCAAGAGAUUCUCAAGACGAUCCAAGCCGAGGAUAUUAAGAAGUCUUUCAGAAAUUUGGUACAACUAUAUAAAAGUGAAGACGACAUGGAAAUUUCCAAGAAAGUGAAAACUCACUGGAUUUCUUUGGGCCUAGAAGAUGUACAGUUAGUAAAUUACUCGGUGCUGCUUAAUCUGCCAGGCCCUUCUCCCAGCACUGUGACUCUGAGCAGCAGUGGCCAAUGCUUUCAUCCUAACGGCCAGCCUUGCAACAAGGAAGCCAGAAAAGCUGGCAGCCAAGAUCUGCUCUACUCAUAUGCAGCUUACUCUGCCAAAGGAACUCUCGAGGCUGAAGUCAUCGAUGUGAGUUAUGGAACUGCAGAUGACUUAAAAAGGAUUAAAAAAAUGAAAAAUACAACAAAUCAGAUUGCACUCCUGAAACUAGGAAAAUUGCCACUCCUUUAUAAGAUUUCCCUACUGGAAAAGGCUGGAUUUGGAGGUGUUCUUCUAUAUAUUGAUCCUUGUGAUUUACCAAAGACUGCAGAUCUUAGCUAUGAUACCUUCAUGGUAUCACUGAAUCCAGGAGGAGACCCGUCUACACCUGGUUAUCCAAGUGUUGAUGGAAGCUUUAGACAAAGCCGAUCUAACCUCACCUCUCUGCUGGUGCAGCCCAUCUCUGCAUCGCUGGUUGCAAAACUGAUCUCUCCACCAAAAGCUAAAACCAAAAAUGACAUCUGUAACCCUCUAGUACUUCCGAAUAAUGAGAUACGAAUGGUCAGCAUGCAAGUUCAGACAGUCACAAAAUUCAAAACAGUUACAAAUGUUGUUGGAUAUUUAAAGGGUUUCACUUCUCCAGACCGGUAUAUCAUAGUAGGCAGCCAUCAUCAUACUGCGUACACUUACAAUGGACAAGAAUGGGCCAGUAGUACUGCAAUAAUCACAGCAUUCAUCCGGGCCUUGAUGUUAAGAGUAAAGAGAGGGUGGAGGCCAGACCGUACAAUUGUUUUCUGCUCAUGGGGAGGAACAGCUUUUGGAAAUAUUGGUUCAUAUGAAUGGGGAGAGGAUUUCAAGAAGGUUCUACAGAAAAAUGUUGUGGCUUACAUUAGCAUCCAUAGUCCUAUCAGGGGUAAUUCAAGUCUACACCCUAUAGCAUCACCAUCUCUUCAGCAACUGAUAAGAGAGAAAAAUAAUCUCAACUGUACCAGAAGAGCUCAGUGCACAGAAAUGAAUGUCAGUUCUGUACAAAUACAAGGUGAUGCCGAUUAUUUCAUCAACCAUCUUGGAGUUCCCACAGUGGAGUUUGCUUAUGAGGACAUCAAAGCAUUAGAGGGUCCAAGUUUUCUCUCCGAGGCACUUUUUCCUAAACAUGCAACAAACAUAGAAGAAAUGGAUCCUUUUUUCAACCUUCAUGAGACCAUUACUAAGCUCUCAGGAGAAGUGAUUUUGCAAAUUGCCAACGAGCCAGUCCUGCCCUUUAAUGCUCUUGAUAUAGCUUUAGAAGUUCAAAACAAUCUGAGAGGUGAUCAACCCAGCACUCAUCAACUGCUAACCAUGGCAUCACGCCUGCGCGAGAGUGCUGAACUCUUCCAAUCAGAUGAGAUGCGACCUGCGAAUGAUCCCAAGGAGAGAGCCCCCAUUCGUGUCCGAAUGCUGAAUGACAUUCUCCAAGACAUGGAGAAAAGCUUCCUGGUUAAGAAGGUGCCUCCAGGUUUUUACAGAAACAUCCUGUACCAUGUUGAUGAGAAGACAAGGCAGUUUUCAUUACUGGUGGAGGCUUGGGAACACUGCAAGCCACUUGCAUCAAAUGAGACAUUUCAAGAAGCCCUGUCAGAGGUGUUGAACAGCAUUAAUUCAGCUCAGGUUUACUUCAAAGCAGGACUUGAUGUGUUUGAGAGUGUCUUGGUUGAGAAGAACUGAGGAAAUGCUCAGCAUUUUAAAAAGUUUGUUUACAAUUCCACAAGCUAGAGCUCUAAUCUGACCAGAUUUUCUGAAAAUGAAGAUUUUUCUCCCCAAUGGCUUUUUGACAAGUAUAAAGCUAUUAUUACAUUGUAUUUUUAAUGUACAUAUAAAAAGAGCAUUUUGCACAUUUAAUAUUUUUCUUAUACCUACAUUCUGAAUAUAAAAAAGCAAGUUAUUGAAAUAAGAUUUAUCUAUUAAAAAGAAGUCUGCUGUAUUUUUAUAUGUAUAGACAAUUUGGGAGGAGGAGUUCCAAGUUCUGAACAAUAUUCAUGCCUAUGGACAGAACACAUAAGAACACAGUUAUUCCCUGUGAUAGAGCAAUUAAUGACCUAGUUUCUGUCAUAGAAAUUGUAAGGUGAUAUGGUUUCAGAUUACCUUCACUACUAAGUUUUCAAUAUGAAAAAUGCAAGUAUUCUGACUGAUUGGUUGCCCCAAACCACUUUGAAUGUUUCUAUUUUAUGAAAUGAAGUUCCUUUUCUUAACGUAACUAGAUGUAGUAAUACACUGGUUAUGAAAUUGUAUUUUUUAAGUAUUAAUGAAAAAAGAGCUAUAAACAUUCCAGGGGAAAAAUCUCAAGGUAAAUGCACAGAGUAAUUUAAAUGCAAAUUUUUUCCUAACAACUUAUAAGAUGACUAGCUUUGAAACCCCUAAUUUGCCUCAGUUGAUUUUGCAAGAAUUUCAGGAGUGAUGUAUAUCUUAUGAGGGAGAAAAUAUUUAUUUCUCUUUCUGUUGUUUCUGUUCAUGGAACCAUUGAAAGAGAGGCAACUCCCAAAUGAAAGUGUCUCACAUUGCUUCUUGUAUCUUUUCUGAAACUAUUUGCUAUUGAGUCAGUUUUCACAGAGUACUAUAUCAUUUCCAUGGGAAAGUUGUAAACUUUCUUUUUGAAAACCCAAACUAUCUUCAAAAGCAUCAAAGUGCUAUUUCUGCCACAGACCAAAAGGAUUUAUUAUGAAAGAAAGAGUUGUUUUUAUCAAUGAAAAACACAUUAAUUCUGUUCAUUAAUCUUAGUUGUGACUAAGAUGAAAAUGUGGAAAAUAUUCAUGCUUCUAAUUUCAAGUAGAAAAUGCAGUGGUAGUGUAAAAGUGUGUCUUUCAAAACUUUAAUUCUCUCAUGUGGAAAAUUAAUCUUUCCAUAUUGACGUUGUCAUUGAAUAGCCCUUGUACCCACUAUUUCUUCAGAUCCUAAAAUUUUGCCUAUUAGGCAAUAGGUUAAACUUUUAGCUUACCUUUAGAAAUUGAUUUGAGAAUAUAUUCUCUGGUAAUGGAUAAAGCAAUUGCCCUUAGGAAACAUAUCCUUGAAAUAUUUCAUAUGAUUUUUUCUGCUUAAUUCAAUACUCACUUAUCCCCAUUACAUCCUAGUGAGCAAUGUUACACAGUCCCUAUAUGUCUAAAUAUUCAUUUUUAUGGAUGAGAAUAUACCUAAUCUUAGUUUAAAAGAAAACUAUAGUUGAAGGAAAAUAAUUACUCUAUGUUAAUUAAUUGAUUUAUAAGAGUAAACUGUUCCUAUCAAACAAAAUAUUAUUUUUAUGUGCAAGACAAAGUAGAGAAUCCAGGCGAUUAACUAGAUAAUUCAAGCAGAAAACCAUUUUCGUCUGAAUUGCCUAUAUACACAUUUCUACAUGUGAAAUGAAGCAGCUUUAAGAUUUUAUUUUUCUAACCAACAUACUUGUUUGCAAAUUUUUGCCAUGUUAAAAACUUUGUAUGUGAAAGGGCUAAAAGGAUCAGGAUCCGACAUGGAUGACAUUAGUGCCCUCUCUUGCUGUGCAAAAAUGAACAGUAGAGAAGUGGAAAUGUACACCUAGACAUGCAUAGACCCAAAUAAUAGAAAGCCUUAUAUGUAAGAAUCAUACAUAUUUCAUCAAAGGUCAGUGUCUUCAUUCCAGUUCUUCAUUUGGAGUUAAAUUUAAAACAAAAUAGUGAACUAUUUAUCAGUUUGGUAGUUUAUCAUUUUUUAACAAAUUCCUAAAUAAAUCCAUUCCCAUAAUAUACAAUAAUAUUAGGAGCAUAAAAUAUUUCCCUUUUCAUUUUUGUUUCAAGACUGUAUACCUAGGUAAAUCAAGCAUGAUUUCACUGAUAUUUAUGAUAAUUUCAUUAUCCCCUACUCCUUACUUUUAAAUAAUAUAGUAUUUACUAUUUGAAAACUGCAGUUAGCUAUGGACUAAGAUGUUUUUUUUACUCUAUUGAAGAGAUUAUAUGAAGAUUACAACAGAGGUUCAACAUCUUGACAUCUCUACAACAAAACUUAACUAGCAGUAUUUCUGGCAUGGUGUGACUAUUAGAGAGUUCUUCCAAAUUUAUAUCAUUUCAUUUUUCUCCUCCAAUAGAUGUAAGUUAGUAAAAUCUUGGGCAAGUUAAUAACAAGUGUUGUGUGAAUUUCUCCUUCAUCCAUAGAAUUGUGCAAAAAAAAACAACAGAUCAUAAAUGAUUAUUCUCCCAAGAAAAUGUGGCAAACAUGUACUGCAGGUGGGGUAGCAGUGACAUUCAGACAUUUAUGGAAAAGCGUUAACUUUAGAAUUCAAAGGAAACCUAUGAGAUAUUCUAAUAUAAGCAUUAGGAUCUUGCCUUCAUUCAGACAGUACAUUAUCACCCCUAGUGAGACAAGGUUUGCAAAGCUAAGAGAUUAGGAGACUUGGAUAUGGUCUUUUUUUUAGUAGCAAAAACGCUGUUGAUUUUAAGCUUCUCUACUUUCUCAUUCAGUGUAUCUUGCCCUGUCCCCUGGGAACCAAGGAUAUAGAUGAUCUUCCAAUGCAUUUUAUGGAAGCAGCCAUUCUAUCAGGUAUUGCUUGGGCUAGGACUGCUGCUUCGAAUUCAAGGUUAGCUCAUUCCCUGACUAUACCUGAAAAACAAAAUUGUCUCAGGGAAUCCAGGCAAGAUACACAAAGAUUGGUAUUAAGGAAGAAGUUAGGACAGUUUCUAUAUGACAUCAGAAGUCAGGAAGGAGAACAUUGAGAAAGAUUUUUUAUAAGAGGACUUGUGAAUUUGGCAUUAAAAUAUGCAGUCCAAACUAUAGUUUCUCAAAAUGUGGAAUUUGGGGACAGAAUCCUAAAAAUCUUCAUCUUCAGAUUUUCAGAUGCUUUUUAGUUAGGCAUGUUGAACUUCAAUUUUGUAAUCUAUAUUACUCCCAAGUACUGGGCAAACUUUAGCAGGCAACAAGUCUAAAAAGAAUCACAAUAACUAGUGGGACCUGAACUUUUCUAUUAAUGGGACCAUUAAAAAAAAAAAAAAGGUGGACUCAUCUUUAAGAAAAGGAAUCAGAUGCAGCUAACAGAUCUACCUCCUAUGUGUCAGGCACUGUUCUAGACUUUUCCCAGGUAUUGUUUAGUUCUUCUCAUUGAAUUUGCACAACCCAUUUGAAAAAUGAGGAAAUUACAUUGAGUGACUUGUCCUAAAUUCCAAGAUAGUAAAAUACACCAAAGUACAUUCCUCUUUGUUCCUGCUGGACACUUAAGUUUUCAAUCCUGUGUUCUUCCCACUGGAUAGUGUUUUUCACAUUGAGUACUACAGAAAACGUUAGAAUACUUUCUUUCAUUCCAGAAAUGGAUAUAAUUGAAAAUUGUAAUGUAUUUUUCUGUAAGUGAUCAGACUAUGCAAUCACUAUUUUCUUAUAAUGAAGGAGUUUGAAGAAGCAAAUGACUUCAUUCCCAAUGAAAGUAUCCCUCCCCAACAAUGGUGUACAUAUGUACAUAUGUAAGUCUGAAGAUAUUUAUAAAAAAGCUAAAAGUAUGUACACCAUUGCAGAAUCUCAUGACAGCUACAUUUACAAAUAGAUAAAAAGACCAGAUGCCACAGUCUCACAGUGUUCUCAAAAGGCCUAUGGAAGUUCAUGUUUUAGGUGUCAUGACUUAGAAUCCAAAGUUUUAUGUCAUUCUUUAAAAUUCCAAAUAUUUAAUUUUUAAGUAAAAUAUAUAGCAUAUGGUAGCUUUUCCUACUGGAAAGACAACUCACAAAAAUAAAAUAAGUGAUCUAUUACCAUCUCACUAAUGAUGACCAAGUGUCUCUACCUCAAAUGAAAAACUGCAAUGGUUUGCAAAAAAAAAAAAAAAAAAAAAAAAAAGACCUUUGACUAAAAUAUGUUUAUGAGACAUUCUAUGGUAUAUGUAGGUAUAAAUAAUUACUUGAACAAUUAAGCUUUCUCUGAAGAUUACAUAUUGUCAUCUCAUUGGUUUAAUAAGCUGUUUAAGCUCCUCAGCUUCACAUUGGCUUACUAGAAAGGAAUUGUUUUAAACUGCCCACAUAUUCCAAUAAAUAUAUCAGCAACAUAAUGGCUUCAUCACAGAACUGCAGAUACAGCCCAGGGGAAAAAAAACAAAUGAACAACAUGAGACUUAAAAAAAAAAAAAAAAGAAAAGAAAUACUCUUUCCAGACACACUAGUGAAUUUCUAAUUUUUUUUCUUUUUUUGGCAAGAGUUUAAACUUGUAACUUAAGGCCCAGAAGAAUCGCUAUGCUGAAAGAUCUUAAAAAACUUCACAGAGUUCUAAACACUCAUUAACAGAAUACGUUUAGUUGUGUUUGUUUUGUGCAAUUCAGAAUUUUAGGUGACAUAAAUUUGAGGAAGAGUAGAAAAGAAAUCCACAAAAUAUAGCUUUUCCUAUUUUUCAUUAUGUUCACUCAAUAUUCUCUUUUAUUUUUCUAGAUACAAUCUGAAACUGGAAGUAGACUUUUUUAUCCACUGAGAGGUAAUUUCAGGUCUAUCCAUCUCAAUUUGGACCUAUCUGUUAAUCAACCAGAGUUUUAGUUCCAUAAUACCUUCCCAUUUUCCUCUGAAGUGCCUUUAACGUGCCUGGAACUGCCAAGAAUCUGAGACCUUGCUUAUUGUAAGGUGACAUAUUUCUUAAAGGCAUUUAUAAUCCAUAUUCAGAUCCAAUCUAAUUUAAGCAAAGGCUUAAAUUGAAGUUGUUUCAGGUAGUAUUUGAGACAGAGAAGCUGCUUCCAACUUCAGUAUUUCUGGCUAGAUUAUUUUGUUUGAAUAAUGCAGUUAUAUAAUUAUCUCUAACCAAAAUGGUAAUUUUGAUGUUUUCAGACAAACUCUGAUCAUCAAGGCCAAAGAAACACAUGAAUACUCUAAUUUCUAUUACUGGAUUCAGACAAGAGUUAAGUCAGAAGCAAUGGCUUCAGUGACUAUGUCUAGAAAAAUGUUUAAUGUGUGUGGACAUAGCCUACUAGUAUUGGUCAGUUCCUUCAAAGUUUUAAGCCAGUAAGCACUGAGGUGACAUUUCUCAGAGGGAAACAGAUUUUACUUCCCAGGGACUAAUUAAUAUGCACCACCUCAGUUCCCAAAAGACCACACAGGUGCCUGUGCUAUGCCAUAUGUCAUGUGCUGUAUUCCUGCACGCACAAGAGAUUAAUAUACAAUCAUUAUUAUGAAUUAUUAUGUUGCAUUGAAGUUAAUGUUGGUCUUUUGUUCUAAUUAAAGUACAAACUUGGCAUCUCACGUGAAGCUUAGUUAGAGAAGUGAAGUUAGAGUUCCUAUUUUAAUGAACUACAUAUAUUUUUCAAUCAAAAUGUGUAAUUAUUUAAUUAUCCAGCCCACUCAGUAAUUACAAUUCUCCAACUUAUUCAACAAAUUUUUAUUCAAUAUGUUAACACACGGAUGGCCACAGCUUGGUGUGUGUUUUUUCUUUGGAACUUGUUAAUCAUUUUUGAAUCAUACUCUCAGUGUAUGUGGUAGUGUUUUAACAAUCUUAAUAAUAUGUAUUUUUUUACUUUUAUAUGAAGCUGCUGCAAAUGCACUACCUUACUCUUAAAGUUAGAAUAAAGUGCUAUUACUCUACCAGGAAAAUUUUAUCAUAUGUCUUUAGUAAAAAACAAACACACAAACAAAAUGCUUUACUACAUCAUUCCAAGUUGUCUGCAGGAAACAAAAUCUGGAGAUGGUUAAGUGUAGUUCACAUAAUUAUAUCCCAAAGAUAUUAUAAAUAAUUAUAGUUAGCAGCUGGUCUAGGACUCUAAUAGACAAUUUAGUGUUUACAUUUCAGACAGGAAGGUUUAGUGGGAAAUACAUCCUCGUGUACUCUAACUUACCACUUGGAGAAUAUGAAUACAAUGUAUACAAUUGUAGUCAUAAAAGAAAUAAAAAGAAUACUUUGAAGGACUAAUUUCUUUUCUGUAUACAUCUAGAGGAUCAGCUUGACAUCUGGAUAUUAGUUUUUUAUAUUUAUAUAUGUGUUUGUGAUAUUAAUAUACACCAUGCAUUUAAUAUUUUAAUCAUGUCUGCUAUGUAGCAACAUUUAGAUAUAUAAGAUUUUGUAGUAAAUAAAAGUUCUCAAUGGCAUAACAUUUAAAAAUAUAGCCUUAAAGUGAAGAAUGAAGAUGAGCAAGGGAAGAUUUGUAGAUUCACUGUGGGUAAACUUUAGAGGAUAAUUUCAGCAAAGAAAUUUUCUUUGAUUAAAAACCAAUGUCAAUUAAGAGGUGUCCCAAUUAUUAAACUGCACUGAACUGUUUUAGUAGUUUGUUCAAAAUAAUUUGAUUAUCAUCUGUGAUUCAGAAAUAUUUCAUUGUACAGAAAUUUUCACUGUUAUUCUUCUAAUUGAUUUUGAUGGUAUUAAUUUAGAGGCAUGAGUCCGUAGUGUUAUUAUUGUAUAGUGUUGAGUGUUUCAUUUUUAUAAUGUUUGAAUGCUCAUCAUAAAUGUAGUGCUUUCUGUUUAUCUCAAGUGUGAUCUCAAUUUUUUCUCCAUAACUUUUCAUUUGUUUCUUAACAUGACUCAGUAUGCAGCUUAUCUAGGAAAGUAUGUUGUGAUGUGGAGUUAUAAAAAUUGGAUGGUGAUACUACAUCCAUUAAGGAUAAACUGAAGAGUUUAUGUCAGUUGCUUAAAUAUUUGCACAUAAUUAAAAACAAUACAAUGAAAUAAAGGCAUCUUUUUGACAACAUGUUCUGAAUCAUAUAUGCAAUGAGUAUGUACAUUGAAAUGGUAAUGUUUAAAACAUUCAUUUAAAAAUUA